GGAGCAGGAGGAGGACAAGGAGAUGGCUGAGUUCCUGAGACAGAAGCUGCUGCCUCUGGAGAAGCUGGCCAGAGAAGCUGCCCAAAGUCCCCAGAAGCCCAAGAGACAAGUCCCUGAUCCUCCGCCCAGCAAGCCGUCCAUCACCAAGUCCAUCACCAUCAUCAAGGACUGCUGCGGAGCCACCCAGUGUUGUAUCAUGUAACCGUGGUUACAGAGGAGUUGAGGACAGUACACCCUCCCAUUCACAGCACCACCCUAGUAACAACAACACAGUCACACUGUACAUCUGUCACCUGACCUGGUCUCUUGGUGUCAUAUCACCUAUCGUUACAUCAUUUCCUGUGAUCCAGAGAACCCUGGUGCAAAAUGGACGCCCAUAUAGAGGUGAUAGAUGGACAGGCCUGGCCACAUGUAAAUACAGUACAUAAUGGAAUAACAGAAAUGUAAAUGAAAAAUGUGGCACUAUAUAAUGUUAAAAGGCAAUUGGAAAUGGAAUAUAUGGGACCUGUACUGUAUUUUAAGCAAUACACCAAUUUAUAUUGAUUUAGGGACUCAUUACAUCCCUCUUGAAACAUUCUUCAGAGAUCAAUAAUGACCUAUAUUCCUCCGAUUUAGAAGCACAACGUCCCAUACCGAAGCACAAACGCAUCAUACCAAGGUUCUCUGUCCACCAGGAAAUGACAUCAUGACAUAAUUGUUAUUGACUUUGUCAUUGUGAAUAACGGGUAUUUACUGGAUGCUUCCAUUCCAACCCUUUAACGGAACAACUAGAACUCCUCUCAGACUUAGGUACUGUAUGCUUACCAGGGUGGCGUCAAUUCCAUUUCAAUUCAGUCAAUUACUUGCCGAAUUACCAGAUUUGAAAAGGAAUUGAUCCAACCCUGAUGCUUGCUCUGGAACUGUAGAUUAUGAAACACUUCACUCACUGCAGUACAUUUUUUAUCCCUUUAUUGUAAAGGUAUACUUCCUAUAUAAACAGUAUUACUGAACACAGUUGCUAUGAUACCAUGUACAUUGGCAAGCUGCAACAAUCGCAUGAUUGAGUUAUUUUGUUUUUCUAUGAUGUAUAUUAACGUAUCAACAACCAACCAGUAUACACGCAUUUAUGUUGCUAAGACAAAGUCAGCCUUACAACUGGUCAUUCUUAUCUUCACCAAAACAUACUGGUAGUUAAUACCAUGGUAUCGCUACAAUACUAUUCAUGAUUACAAUGAAUAAGUAUUGCAAGGAAAACAAUUAGCGUCAUACUACGAGUCUUGCAAUUUCUACGGCAAUACAAGAAGAGGUGAAUGCAAUUCUUUAUUUGUACAUGCCUUUAAGAUUCUGGAAAAGAGUUUGUUGGAAUCUAAUGUUUGUAGAAGAUUAGGGAGUCCUGUUCAACAAAGUGACCAUCUACUUCAGAUUAUUUUCCUCUAACCCCACGCCUCCCUUUGGGCAGAUCUCAAAAGUAUUUUCCUUGACUCAUCAAGUCCUUCUCCGUGCUUCCAUCAGAGGUUUUGAGAAGCAAAGAAUUGAGGAAAACACUGAGACCCAUCCCUGAACUUUGUUCUGUAGUAUAUUAGUGAUGCUUUAAUGUCAAAAUUGAACAAUAUGCAUAAAUGAGCUGAAAUUACCUGUAUAUAUACAGUACCAGUCAAAAGUUUGGACACACCUACUCAUUACAGGGUUCUUUAUUUUUACUAUUUUCUACAUUGUAGAAUAAUAGCGAAGACAUCAAACCUAUGAAAUAACACAUAUGGAAUCAUGUAGUAAACAAAACAAGUGUUAAAUCAAAAUAUAUUUUAUAUUUGAGAUUCUUCAAAGUAGCCAACCCUUUGCCUUGAUGACAGCUUUGCACACUCUAGGCAUUCUCUCAACCAGCUUCAUGAGGUAGUCACCUGGAAUGUAUUUCAAUUAACAGGUGUGCCUUGUUAAAAGUUAAUUUGUGGAAUUUCUUUCCUUCUUAAUGCGUUUGAGCCAAUCAGUUGUGUUGUGACAAGGUAGGGAUGGUAUACAGAAGAUAGCCCUAUUUGGUAAAAGACCAAGUCCAUAUUAUGGCAAGAACAGCUCAAAUAAGCAAAGAGAAACAACAGUCCAUCAUUACUUUAAGACGUUAAGCUCAGUCAAUGCAGAAAAUUAAGAACUUUGAAAGUUUGUUCAAGUGCAGUCGCAAAAACCAUGAAGCGCUAUGAUGAAACUGUCUCUCAUGUGGACCGCCACGGGAAAGGAAGACCCAGAGUUCAUUAGAGUUACCAGCCUCUGAAAUUUCAGCCAGAAAUAAAUUCACAGAAUUAAAGUAACAGACACAUCUCAACAUCAACUGUUCAAAAGGAGACUGCGUGAAUCAGCCCUUCAUGGUCAAAUUGCUGCAAAGAAACCACUACUAAAGGACACCAAUAACAAGAAGAGACUUGCUUGUGCCAAGAAACACAAGCAAUGGACAUUAGACCGGUGGAAAUCUGUCCUUUGGUCUGAUGAGUCCAAAUUUGAGAUAUUUGGUUCCAACCCGCCAUAUCUUUGUGAGACGCAGAGUAGGUGAACAGAUGAUCUCCGCAUCUGUGGUUCCCACCAUGAAGCAUGGAGGAGGAGGUGUGAUGGUGUUUUGCUGGUGACACUGGCAGUGAUUUAUUUAGAAUUCAAGGCACACAACCAACAUGGCUACCAGAGCAUUCUGCAGCGCUACGCCAUCCCAUCUGGUUUGCGGUUAGUGGGACUAUCAUUAGUUUUUCAACAACCAAAAACACACCUCCAGGCUGUAUAAGGGCUUUUUGACCAAGGAGAGUGGAGUGCUGCAUCAGAUGACCUAGCCUCCAUAAUCCCCUGACCUCAACCCAAUUGAGUUUGACCAUAAAGGAAAAGCAGCCAACAAGUGCUCAGCAUAUGUAGGAACUCAUUCAAGACUGUUGGGAAAACAUUUCUAAUGAAGCUGGUUGAGAGAAUGCCAGGAGUGUGCAAAGCUGUCAUCAAGGCAAAGGGUGGCUACUUUGAAGAAUCUAAAAUAUAUUUUGAUUUAUUUAACACUUUUUUGGUUACUACAUGAUUCCAUAAGUGUUAUUUCAUAGUUUUGAUGUCUUCACUGUUAUUCUACAAUGUAGAAAAUAAUAAAAAUAAAGAAAAACCCUUGAGUGUGUAGGUGUCCAAACUUUUUACUGGUACUAUAUUUAAAUAAAAAGGCAUCUUUCAGGAA